AUGGUCAUAUCUUCUGUGGCAGAGUUGAUGGACAGUCCACUUGUCGACACUCUAGACACGGUCUAUGAGAAUUUUUCCUGGCCGGCGAAGAAGUUAUUGAGAGGGAGAGUUCUGGAGGGUAUGAAAUUUGCUUACGAGGAGAAGGAGAUGGACAGUAUCACAUGGGGCUUACCACUGCCAUCCCCAUCCUCAUCAAUGAUGAAUGAGAUCCACGACACUGCCUUUUCUCCCAUCCUUGUUGAGCACGCGCAGAUGGGAUUGAUAGAGGCCACAAAGGCUCAGGAGCGGGGGACAUGGGGGAGAGGUUGCCUUCCAGUUUCACCACCUAAAGACAUGCCCAGUCCACCACCUGGGGAACAGGAAAUUUCGGGAGAUGUCUGGGUUUCUCAGCAUCAAGAGAAGCAUGAAAUGAAGUUCUCGAACCAGACGCACCGUACUCAAUGUACCCUGACAUUAUGGAUAUUUGUCCAUCUAGAAGCGGAGUACGCGACAGGCCAACAAGAUCCAUCACUGUCCAAGAAGAAGGAGACAAUGGACAGGACAACGAUUCGUCAACGUUGGUUUGGUGCCUUGCGGAGGGAAGAAGCAGCCGCUGCUGCAAACACUGCGAUUAAGAAGUUAGCAUUGUUUUAG